UUGGUUAAGUUGAAACAGACUUAUCUGAGAGUGUUUGUGAUUGAAAACUGGAUUUAUUGGAAUAAUAUUUUCGUGGAUUGGAAUACAACUAAGGAUUUGAAAGAAAACACAAAAGUCACUACAGUUUGUGGAUACAAAAAGAUGAUGUAAGUUAACAGAACAAUUAUUCAAGAGCGUGUAAGAGCACUUUUCGUGACUUAUUUGAAUUGUAAUGUUUACAUCGAAGCAUAAAACAGUUAUCCUAUAAAUGGAAUUGAAUUAAAUGUACAAACACUGUUAUUACAAAUAGUCUGUUAAAGCACAUAAAUGAAGAAGUCUCAGAAACACAGGACUAAGAUGUUCUUCCGAGAUAUUCUUCAGGAAACGAAACCCAGAGUGGACUGUAAACAGUUCAAAACAGUCACAGGGUCGCCUAUACUUUACACCAAGAUCAAAAAGCCGCGGGGAAUUUACUAUCCCUUGGUCAAACGUCAUCUUAAUAAACCAAAGCCCAAACAGAAUCUCAGACAUGUCUGCGUUGUCUACUCAAAGACAUAUGGGCGGGAAAUGUAUGGCAACAUUGACAUAUGGCCGGACGACGAGUUGGCCAAGGAAAAGUUAUUAGAAAAGCUCAAGACACUUAACGCGAUCGACGACGACUUCGAGAAUGAAGAUGACGUCGGUAUUGACAUACCGAGGGCUAUUGAAGAUAUGUCUGAUAACAAAACGGAACAAAGUCCUGAGAAUUGCAUUAAAGCCAAGUCUCAGUCUGACUGCCGUCACGUGACUAUCGUCAUUACUGAUACGUCGGAGGAUCAGCAUAGUUCAACAUCCGGCGACUCUCCUUUUCAUCCGGUUGAGGAGCGACCCGGAAGUCCCUCCGGUACUGAGGGUUCGUGGCCCCUUAAAAGAUCUCAAAGCAUCGAUAGCCGAGACAACCCGUUCCUUCCAGGAGGCAACCUAAGCAAAGAAGCCGACGAAAUAUUGUCGAAGGCGAAAAUCAUACGUGAUACGUUCAUACUUACCGACGCUGAAGUCGCGUCCGGAGGUACCACUUCCGAUUCCUCCACCAGGUCGCCGCCGAAGACGAAAAAUGUACAAGCACAUAGCCCAUCGUCCCCGACGAAGGGAAACGCGAGGUCAAAAACGGCAUUGAACGGAAAUAACUAUUUUUCGAACAAUUCGACAACGCCCGUGUGCGAAACUAUGGCUCAGAAUGAAGUUUCAAAAACGGAAAGUUCUGUGGUACAAAACGCUUCAUCGUCGCCGUCUAAAACGAGAACCAACGAGAAUGGACAAUUAGACAGUGAAAAGACGCUGACCCCGCGCAGCGUUGGGACACCGGAAGAGGAACCCGAGAAAAAGAAACACAACAAGUGUUGCGCGGUCAUGUAGCGACGCGUAUGUGUGUUUAACAUACAUGCUGUAUUUCUAAAUAGAUAAUUUGAUCGCUUGGUUCAUACCAGUAAUUUCGUGAUACAUUUUAUUCUUCUUGUGUGUGUGUGUUUGUAAGUAUCAUGCUUGAUACACAUUGGAGGUGUUCUUUAUGUAAGUGUUCAGCGAGUUUGCCACGUAUUAUAAAGAUUGUAUUGGUUUGAGGAAUUUGACCGUUUCUUGCUGCUGGUACAUUUAAAUCAAAACAAGUUCUGAUGUGAUUGAUGUGUGUGCGUGGGUUUAAAAUUCGGAACCAAGAAGUCACAUUGCCAUACCUGAAAAAAUUGGAAUAAAACAAGUAUGAAGAUGGAUUUUAGCAGUGGAAUAAAACAAGUAUGAAGAUGGAUUUUAGCAGUGGAAUAAAACAAGUAUGAAGAUGGAUUUUAGCAGUGGAAUUAAUAACACAGAGUCAAUUUAAAUUCAUUUUUUUGAGUUAACGUGUGAAUACAGACGCAACAUAAUCACAAACGGUUUCCGGUUUCAAUGGACGCAAAAUGACAACCUCCGCGCAGAGAUCUGACUGGAACCAGCAUAGCUAGAUCAAAUCCCUGCUUUCAUAACCGUUGCUAUUUUAACUUUUUUAAAUGUAGAUUAUUUAUUUUUUAUUAUGAUCCUAAACGUAUGCACUAUUUAUAAACUAUAAAAGAAGAUGAGACUAGUUUUCAUAAUAUAAUACUUUAACAAAACAAAUAAAAUCCUACCGAAACUGGUAGGAUUUUCUUGUGAUUGCAGAGAUUGUAUGUGAAAACAAUGAACGACAACUCUGCGUGGAGAUUGGCAAAAUGACAGCAAAGUAAAAUGUGGCAAUACGACUGUGUGUGUUCAUAUCGUGGAUGAAGGAAGUGACAGUUCACAAUGCAAGUUCGCAUAUAAGAUAAGUGUUUCGAUUUCACAAGAAGAGAUGCGAGUGCCUUUGGGUCGAACAGAUUUACGGGUUUGUCAAAGGUUGUGGUCGUCAGAAGGUAAAUAGGUCAGUAUGUCGUUUCUAUGAAGACUUUGCUUGUUCACGAUUGAUAGAGCAAAACUGUGUGCCUGUGUUUCACGGCCGUAGGUUAUCUGUCGCUUUAUUUGAAGUUAACCAUAACGCUACAUUUUCAAAUGAAAUACUAGUAGUUGUAUUUGAAUAUGUUUUUGUAUCGCAAUUUAAUUUCGCCACUUAGCAAAUGCAUGUUUAUUUUAAAUUUUUGUACGAUUAUCACAUGUUUAACACCAGCCGUAGAUGUCUAUACAAGAGAUGUGUAUGCAAUAUUAUAAAAAUGGUCAAAACACAAUGUUCUAAAAUAUUUCUUUAAUCACUUACGCAAUUGGUUAUAAAAUUAAAGUACUUAUACAGUUACUAGUUAAAUGGACGAUGAUUUACUCUCAAACUGGAUAGAAGCCAAGCCAUUAAUUUUGUGAAAAUAAGUCCAUACUAAAAACGUGUUUAAACUAAAAAUCUUUGAUCUUUGAGUAUUUUGCUUGUCAAGUGUUAUGUGGUAAAUGAAAUGAAUUAUUAUGUAAACAUGAUAUCUGUCACUUAAUUGAUUUAUACAUUUAUGAAGUAUCGUGAAAAUGUGAACGUUUAAUGAUUUUUUAAAUCGCCUAUUAAUUACACUGAACUACAAUACAUCCUUGUUACGAGGAAGGUUUGGCUGUUGAAAUUCUUCCCAUCAGGUUCGAUUAUCUGUUUGAUGUUUAAAAGUAUUUCUUUACGUUUUGACAACAUUGACUAGUUUAAAACUAUUUAAACUUUGUUAAGUUUAUAGUAUUUUGUUUUGAUUCUGGUUGUUUUUAUCAAUGUGAAAUGAGUGUGCGAUUCAAUAUGUAUAUAUGAUACUUACAAUGUGCUAAUUAGUGGGAAAAAGUGCAAUGAUUUCCUUAGUAUAUUUGUUUAUGUUUGAGUUAUUUAAUUACAUGUCAUUUCAUGCUUUUUAUGUGCAUAUAUUGCUUUGUAAAUAUUGAGUUCGUAUUUAUUCCUUGUCCUCAUUCCUUAUGACGUCAUCUUAAAAUUGUUUCGUCAGCAAAACUUGGAGUUGCGCAAUCGUAGAUGAAUAUUUGUGCACGUGCAAUCUUUGUGUAUAAAAUAUUUCACAAAAAUAUAUAUUUAGAUAUAUGUUCAAUACAUGUAUAUUCGGUGUUAAAUCAUUUAUGAAAUAUUGAAUUCUAACGCAUUUGUGCUUGUGAUAAAAAAUACUAGUUUUCGCAUUACCAGUCCCUACACAAAUUGUCACUUGUAAACAAAUUCGUUUUUUUCGACGACGCGGAGCUUCCGUUGUAAGGUUUUUUUCCUUGUCUGUAGUGGAAACAUCGUCGGAACCUACGGUAUAUAUUCCACUGUCCCUUCAUCAUAUACCGUCGAUGAACAGGCUCGCAAAAUUUCUUAUUGUAAAAUAUUGAUGAGUCAACUAAUGACCAAUCAUAUUAUACUUAUCGUUGAUACAGUCGAUUCGACAAUAGCAUCAAGUCCGAACUAGCAAAACAAAAUCAUGGUAAAUUAUCAAUAUUUUUUUAAUUUACACAUGUAAUUGUAUCUAAUAAUCAAAGGUCAAUCAAGAAUCAUAGCGUAGUUCAGUGACCAUGGGUUCCGACGACGUAAUGAAAAAUUAUCUGAAAAAUAUCGCCUGUUUAUUGUUAAAAUGUCCAUUGUACAUGUACAUGCCAUGAACUGUUUUCAGAAAAUAAACUUGUCUUCUAGAACAUUAAAAAUUGGAUAACCUAAUAAA